AAAAUGGCGCAAAAGCAAAAUGAAACCCGACAAAAGUGAAAAUGAGACGGGCACGCGUCCAUUCCACGUGUCUUGUCUCCAUCCACCACUCAUCAGUUGCUGGCCACGCGCCUCCCUGUGUACCCUUCUCUCCCGCCACUCUCUCUCUAUCCCCUAAAACACAUUUCCACUAAAAGCUUUUUUUCCUCCCCAUUCGUACUGUUAAAUCCACGCGUUUCUAUUAUUCAAAGGUAAAUCUUUGGUGGUUUUCGAACUAAUUGAUAAAACAUGGGUUCUGAGACUCCAGCAACAUUGGUUGAGCAGACAAAUGCAGCAGUGAAGACAUCUGUUGGGAGAUCUUGUGCUCCGAAGACCAAGGGAAAGGUUCCUAAAAGAAUUCACAAGGCAGAGAGGGAGAAGCUCAAGCGUGAGCAUUUGAACGAACUCUUCCUCGACUUGGCGAAUGCUCUCGAUCCAAAUCAACCGAAUAAUGGGAAGGCCUCUAUUUUGUGUGAAGCAACUCGACUGUUAAAGGACUUAUUCUGCCAAAUCGAGUCCCUCAAAAAGGAAAAUUCUUCUUUGUUAUCUGAAUCUCACUAUGUUAACAUUGAGAAGAAUGAGCUGAAGGAGGAGAAUUUCACCCUAGAAACUCAAAUCCGGGAGCUGCAAAGUGAUAUAGGGACAAAGAUGGCUCAAUCUAAACCCAACCUGAAAGAGCCUCGCCCCGACUUUCAGCAAACCCAAUUACCUUCACACUUUCAUGGAGAUCAGCCCGGUUUGCCCGCUGUCAAACCUGCCCCGCAACAACCAUCGGCUCUCCUCGUUGUUCCCUUACAUCCUGACAUCAACCUGCCGCUAAACCAAACUCCAUUGUCAGGAAACCACAUGCUCGAUAUCCAACCCCUGCGGAUACAUGGCCUUCUAAACUUCUUGGGGAGCAAUCAGACAUUAGGAAUGAGUGACAACUUUGAUGAUAGAAAACUCAAGCCAAGCUUGUACAUUUCUUCUUAUGGGUGUAAUGGAUGAUGAGUUAAUAGCAUGUUUUGUAUGUGCUUUGGAUGAAUUCAAUUUAAUUUUAACUUCA